AUGGUCAAGCCCCCGCCAGAGCCGGGCGAGGAGCUGUGCGAGAGGAUCGGCGUCACGGCGAAACUGGACGGCGACGAGUGGCUCAGAACGGCAGGAUGGCGGCAGAGCGUCAAGAGGGGCGAGCUUAUGGCCCUCAAGGACGUGCUCAAAGCGUGUUGCGGCUUCAGAAAGAUCAGGUACACCGCGGACUCGUCGUACGUUGUCAGAGGCGUGGCGAAGCUGCAGGCCGAGAGCGUCCUCAGCGCGCAGGAGGCGCUGCAGGCUGUUGUCAACCCGAUCCACCGGUUGGGCAACUCGCUGGCGGACGGCAUCGUGGACGACAUCAUGGAGCAGGUGCAGGUGCCGUGGGCACAGGUCAAGUCGGUCGGCUUCGCCGAAGGUAUGGUCGGGCUGAUCAGGGACCGCGCCUCCGCCACUCUCAUGGCCUCCAAUGAGAUCGAGCCGUCCCAAGCGCCCAGCGUGAAGAUCAGAAAGGAGGCCUACACCAAGAAGAGAAGCUGGGCGAAGCUGCUCGCAGAGACGAGGCACAGCAUCGCCUACGACGUGAGCGUGAAGCACUACAGCCGAUUGAGGCGUGGCUCGAGGGUGCUCAUGUCGGCUGCAGACGCGUGGCCGCAGGUCGGGAACCAGGAGGCGCCCGAGAGCCACACCGUCGUCUUCGACGGGGCGCUGAAGCUGCACUGCUGCACGAAGUGUGGGUGCAUCGGCAGAGAGGACGUGCGCAAGCACGUGGCGAGGUGCGACGAGCAGGCGAGACAGAUGGGCAGGCAGAGCCUGUCACGCAUCAAGAAG